AUGACAUCCAGCACCCCGUCGGCGCCUGGGGCGACUGCGUCCGCUCGACUCGAGAGGAGUCACCCGGGGGUGCGCCGUUCGACACCUGACUCAGAGGCGCUGGCCUCGUCCGACGAUGAUGGAGACCAUGCCCCUCUGACUCAGACCAUCACGGCGCCUCCAAUGAAACCUGCGCGCCGGACUUCGUGGCUGAACGAGGUACCCCUGUCGGUCCAACGCAAGCAUUCCUUGCCUGGAGGCCCUCUCUCUUCUGGCCCCUCAAAUCCCGCAAGCCCGUCCAGUGAACAGGCACCAUGGGCAGCCAACACCACCAGCCCCGGCUUGAGCGGCUCUUUCAACUGGAACCAAGCUGGAGGAAGCUCGUUCCCAUGGGGCACUGGUAUCUGGAAUCCAGAGUCCCGCAAGGAACCCCCCUCACGCCUGUCCGAAAUUGUGCCUUCUCCAACUAUGACCAACCCACCCCCUGCGACUGGACCUCUCGGCGAGGAGAUGCUCAGCCCCAUCACUCGAACGAUCUCUGGCGAGUCGGCCAUUCCAUUCUCGAUCCCGCUGCACCCAACCCCCAAGACAUACCGGUCCCAGUCGUAUUCAGUCGGGCAGAUGGACCCGGAGCUCCUGGGUAUGAUGGCAAACCAGCAGUCAGGUGGUGGAGCCCAGUAUCCGAGUGGUCGAUCUCGUGGCCCGGGACAGAUGUCUUCGGGCCAGCCCCGUGCUUCACGGCCAAGUGUGCUUGGUGAACUAGGUCACGAUCCUGCCAUGCUCGGUCGUGUUCGAGAGGACGAUGACGGCGAUGAAAGCCCCAACGGCUCGGACGGCGACAUGAACUAUUCCGCCAGCCAGGCCCGCACCAUCGAACAGCUCGCCCGUGAGAACGCGAUCCUCCGUCAGCAGGCCGCCGCAGGCCAAGUGGAUAACCGCUUCCGCGAUCGUGCGUCUUCAUCUGCCUCUGUCGCAGGCGGAGUUCACCCGCUUCACCGCAUCCGAGGCGGUGUCCCAGAAGAAGAUUUGGCUGUUGAAGAUCUGGGUGAAUUGCGGGAUAUUCAGGGCUAUGGCCCCAUGCGCGGCAACACCAGACGGCGCUUCUCCGAGCACUCGGCCAAUUUAGAGCCGCAGUUCUCCUCCUUUGCCUCGCCUCUUGAGAACCGCGCUCUGGAAAAUGUGCGUAAGGCUCAUUGGCAGACUUCUCUCGGGUUUGGAGGCGCUGCCGAUAUGCCACAGAGCCGUCGCCACUCGUUUGCCGACAUCCCCAUGCGUCAGACCUCGAUCAGCUCCGUCGACUCGGCUGCCCCUCGAGCUGCGCUCGGAGAGCACGACGACGGAUAUGGCAAUAUUGGUGACUAUUCUAAUCCGUCCAUGCAGCCGCAAUCCUACUACUCCCGGGAGCAGACCUUGCGCGGCGAUGGUUCCUCUGGCAUCCCGGCCUCUCUGAACCAAUAUGCCAUGUCUGGCGCCUAUAGUCGUCAACCACCUGCUUUGUCCCAUGCUCAUCAGAACCAGCUUCUGUAUAUCGUCUCCUUCAAAUGCCACCGUGCCGACGUCUUCUACAUCCAAGAGGAUACCGGCCUUCAAGUCAAGCCUGGCGAUCUUGUCAUUGUCGAGGCAGAUCGAGGUACGGACUUAGGCACCGUUCAACAUGCCAACGUGUCUCUGCAGAAGGCGCGUGAGCUCAAGCAGCAAUAUGCCGAGGAGCAUUACAAAUGGCUCAUGAUGUUCUCCCGCCAGGGACAACUUGAGGGUUCGAAUGUCGGCAGUACUGGCUUGAACACCCGCAGUGCUACUGGCGGAAUGGGUCCCCAUGCCCAUGGUGUCCAAGAGAUCGCUACAGAUAUCAAGCCCAAGCUUAUCAAGCGUCUGGCGCAGAAUCAUGAGAUUCUCACGCUGCGUGACAAGGAAGGGAAUGAGGCCAAGGCCAAGCGAGUAUGUCAGCAGAAGGUUGCUGAACAUCGACUGAAUAUGGAAAUUUUGGAUGCCGAGUUCCAAAUGGACUGGAAAAAGCUCACCUUCUACUACUUCGCGGACUCGUAUAUCAAUUUCAACUCCCUGGUCACCGAUCUGUUCAAGAUCUAUAAGACCAGAAUCUGGAUGUCUGCUAUCAACCCCGCGUCAUUUGUGACCCCGCCCUCGGCCGGCCUUCAAGGACCAUCGGCUGGCAUGAGCAACCCUCUCUACAGCCAGGACGCAUCGCAACCCGACCGUCAUCCCCAGCACGACACAGGAGCCUACCCUGGAGCUCGGGAGGAAACUAGCCGCGAGGGCAUGGAAAACCCAGUCGGCAUGCUUCGUACUACGUUCACAGACUCGUACCAGCCCUUCGCCCAGCCAUCGCGACAGGUCGACAGCCCCUCAGCCGAUCCCUUCGGCCCCUAUUCGCCCACUAACUUCGGGCCCCUGGAGACCGGCUUCUCAGAUUAUCCAGCCGGCAGCACCGGCUCCAACGUGGCCGCUCGCAUACAUCCCCCACAGGGAGAAUGGUUUGGCCGGUUUCAGGGCCUUUCGCUCAACUCCUGA